GGGAGGAUCGUCAUCAAAUCACCUCUGCCGCCCGGCAACAUGACGACCUUGUAUGAAUCUCCUGAUCGAUUUGUCAAAACGUAUUUCAGUGAAUAUCCUGGAUUCUAUGACACAAUGGACGCCGGUUUCAAGGACGAGCAUGGUUACGUGUGCGUCAUGUCACGCGACGACGACGUCAUCAACGUCGCCGGCCACCGCCUCUCGACGUCCGCCAUCGAAGAAGCCGUUUUGGAGCACAACGACGUCAUCGAUUGUGCCGUCAUCGGCGUCCCUGACGAUCUGAAGGGCGAAGUUCCGCUGGCCCUGUUCGUCGGAAAUGCCCAGUCGACGAGGUCCGAGGAGCAGAUUGUGCUUGAGUUGAGGGAAGUGGUGCGCCAGAUUAUCGGGCCUGUGGCGGCUUUCCGGUUGGCGGCUCAGGUGCCGGCGUUGCCCAGGACCCGAUCGGGGAAAACCCCGAGGAAAACCCUGUCCGAUCUGGCUAGGUCCAAACAAGUUGUGAUCCCCGGAACCGUUGAAGAUCCGUCAGUUUACCCAGCCAUCAAAGAAGCCCUGCAACGCUUGGGCUACGCGACAAAUGCUCCCGACCCGGAGUGAAGCGUCCAAAGGAAUAAGGAGGAUCGAUUUCCAAUAAACGCAUUCCAGUAAAUCUCGGGCAGUGUUUUUGUGAGAUGACUCAAAGGAUCUGUUUGACUGUGUGUAGCGAACGAGCAUUCCAUUAUAGUGAUUCAUUAUUUCCCGGGGGACUGAAUUGUCUAAAAUAAUGCAGCUCUUCUGCGGAACAUCGCGAUGACGGAAUAUUGUUCGAAAUAAAAGUAUGAACGCUGUGAAGUACGGCGCGAUCAAGUCAUUCUACUUGACGCUCGUACGUCACGGCGAAACGCAUUCCAACAAAGACGGAAUCGUCGCGGGACAAACAGACGCGCCUUUAUCCGUGGUCGGAGUGAGUCAAGCCAGCAGACUCGGCGAACAUCUUGCCGAAGAACACUACACUCAUUGGAUCUCGAGUGAUUUAUCCCGCGCGAGAAACACUGCGGAGCUCGUCAUGGCCGCCAAUCGUCACGCGACGGGCGCAGAACUUAUAAUGGACUCGCGUCUGAGAGAGCGGGACUUCGGUGAAGCGGAAGGUCUGACUUGGGCAGAGCUGAAAGAGAAGGCCAAAGAGCGCAACGUCAAGAUGUGCAACUAUGACCCUCAGGACGGAGAGACGCUGCAAAAGUUCAAGGCCCGCGUUUCCUCCUUCUUCUGUCGGGUGUGUCGCACGGUCUUGAAGGUUCCUCUGUUUGACUCAGCGUGCGAAGUCGUGCAUCGGUUGGAAAUGAGUGACGGGCGGGAAGAUGGCGGCGAUGAUGUGCCCGAAGCGAACGUCAUCGUGUUCACGCACGGAGGCUUUGCUCGGCAAAUGUGUGUUUAUUUGGAGAGUUCUGUCUGUUGCGAUUUCAAAGGAAGAUCAGCGGCAUCGCCAGUUAGCAAUACUGGUGUAACUCGCUUCCUGGUUCGCGCAGCCAUUGAUGAGAUCAGCGGUGCUUUGUGCGCUUGCGCCGAUUGUGUGCUCCUGCGUGACACGUCCCACUUGGAUACCAAAUCUGUCGCCCGGGUUUCUUUCGCUGAAGAAGCUGUGCAAUGAAAAUCUCACUUUUGUUCGUGGAACUUUCGACGGAUCUUUGAUGAACUCCGUAAUGAUUGUUCAGCACCUAUUCUGAAUCGUUUGCAAUGUCGUCCGGUGAAAUAUAUAAAAACUGCUGUUGCUCCUUUCAUGA